CCAAGACUGUGCGCUUCAACGAGUCCUGAGUGACAUUCUAAACUCAAACCAGAGUUUCAACAAGUUUCCUCUUAAAAAACAUUUUCUUCAAGAUGUAUUCCACGUCAAUCCUUGUUUUCUUUUCCAUGUUCGCCUGCUGUGCGUCCGGUUCGCCCGCGCUGGAGCAGGUGUACCGGGAGGUGGUGAGCGCAGUGGCACCGGGGGAGCAGCAACUGUCCCAGGCGGCCGUGCGCGCCGUCUUUAAUACACUGGAGAACCGUGUGCAAUGCGGCGAAGUGUCGUGUGAAAAGUGCAGUCCUGCAGAUGCCAUUGACCAGCUGAUAAGCUCAUACCAGGAGGAUAACACAGGAUACAGUUUGUCUUUAAGCGUUCCAGACUUCAGUUUUGUGGCGGGAGGCGGCGUCCUGUAUCUCAAAUCUCCAGGACCAGUUUGUUCAGCGAUAAAACAAGGAACAUGGAAAGAGGAGACUGAACAUUUCCUCCAUGAGAUCGAUGUUCAUACAGUGGAGAUACUGCUGCAAAGUCUCCACUACAGGCCUGUGGAGGGGCAGAGCUGCGUCGGGGCAGGUGACCUCGUGGAUGGACAUGAGGACGGUGAAGUGGAGGUGGUUUUAGGGCGCGUCCUGCUCCACGCUCUGAAGGGGAACUGCUUCAUGAGGACCACUCUGCCAGAUGAGAGCUUUUUCAUAAAUAACAUCAUGGAGCGUCUGGGAUCGGACAACUUCACCGUGGAAGAGUUGAAAGUUCUCAUGAGGAGUCUCCAGCUGGGCCCAGACUCCGAGGACGACCACGAUCAUGAUCACGAUCAUGAUCACGCUCUAACUAUUGAUGGACAGGAGGACCAUGACCAGUCUGACCACAGGAGGAAGAGGACAGCCCUGCAGCAGACAAGGGCCACUGAGACCAACAACACCUGGAAUGAGCAUUGUUUCUCUGCUGAGGAGUUGAUGCAGAUCUACGGUCUCAUGAACAGCAGCUCUGAGGCCAGUUCUGAUCUGGCUCGGCUCAGUCCAGCUCUGGUCCAGCAGAUCCUCAGUGGAGCCUGUUCUGUGACCAUCAGUCCUGUUAACCCUGAUGGUCUCAGUAAAACCGAACGAUACCUCUAUGCGACUCUGGCCAAUGUGGUGAUCACCCUCUUCGCCAUGUUUGGGAUCGUGGUCUUACUCUUUAGCUCCUGCACCACCGUCUUCCAGCUGUGUAUUCAGUUCUGCAUCAGUCUGGCUGUGGGGUCCCUCACUGGAGACGCGCUGCUCCAUCUGCUGCCGAUGUUCCUUGGUCUCCACUUGCAUGAGGAAGGGAGCAGCAGUGACCACGUGCACACCGGAGCACCUCCAGAUUAUGUUCAGAAAAUGCUUGUGCUGAUGUCUGGAAUCUACAUCUUCUACCUCAUGGAGACGAUCUUCUCUCUUAUCUCGCACAGAAACAAAAAACACCAACAUACACAUCAUCAUGGGGAUGAAUCUGACCCACACCACUGUGACCACGGAAGAGUUUUAGAAAUGUAUCAACAAGAAAAGAAACAAAAAGAAAAGAUGCAGUCAGUGUCGAAAGCAGAUCUGAUUGCCUAUGAGGAGGAGAAACCUCAGAAGGAGCGCACACGAGAGCAGCGACUGCUUCCGUACAUGAUCACUAUUGGAGACAGUAUUCAUAACUUUGCUGACGGUUUGGCGCUGGGAGCAGCUUUCUCUGUGUCAUGGAAGUCUGGUUUAGCCACAUCUAUUGCCGUCCUGUGCCACGAACUACCUCAUGAACUGGGAGACUUUGCCAUCUUGCUGCACAGUGGUGUCUCCGUUCGCAGAGCACUGCUGCUGAACGUGUCCAGUGCUAUGACCUCUUUCAUUGGGCUUUACAUCGCUCUGUCUGUGGCCACUGAUGUGGCCACACAGCAGUGGAUCUCUGCAGUGACCGCAGGGCUCUUCUUGUAUGUGGGGCUGGCUGACAUGCUCCCCACACUGGUGCACAUCGACAGCAGGAGGCCCUGGACCAUGUUCCUGCUGCAGAACCUGGGCCUCCUGAGCGGCUGGACCGUCCUGCUCCUGCUGUCUCUCUAUGAGGACCAAAUUAGCUUUUAAGGAUCAAUAGGUAUUUUUUAGUGAAAUUUGAUGACACAGCAUUCAUUACUUCUCAGACACAGCAGAAGAAAACUGUAAAACAAGAC